AUGGUUACACAAGACUGCGGACCAAAUGAAGUGUACAACUCGUGCGGGACUGCCUGUCCGGACACCUGUGAGACAGUAGUGAAGGGCAACAAAGGGCUGAUGACAUGUACGAUGCAAUGCGUGAGCGGCUGCUUCUGUCGGGACGGCCUCGUGAGGGACGGCAGUCAGUGUGUGUCCGCCGAGACCUGCCGUCAAAAGUCGCCUCUACUCAGAGAUUCCGGAUCUAAUGCUGGCUUUCCUCUCACUGCCAUUCACUCACAAUUGGCUUUAUUUAUACCUUUAAUUGUAUUGAUUUUCAAAAAUUAUUUCUAAUAACAG